UGGUUGCUGCUCGAGCUCCUGGCUGGUCAGCGAAAAUGGCUGCGUUCCUGCGAGCUCGGAAAUAUGUUCGUUGCGUUGUACGUUUUUCCGACCGUGAACUGUAAGAGAUUAGUUUGGACCGUUAAUAAAGAUAAAAAGAACACCUACCUUUUUGGCUGUCAUGGUGGGGUGUGUGGGCUGAGAGGUGAAGGAGCUCCUGUCCUGCACACGUUAGUAAGUAGUUUAAUUUAUCAGUUGUGUCUCGAACAGGAUGAUGAAAAUUCAGAGGUUGGAGGCACAGUAGAAGAUGAGGAUGAAGGCUCGGAUGACUCACACCUUCAGCUGGAGCUUAAUGCUUUCAGAGCUCAAUGGAUGUCUGAACUGAAGCCAAGUUCUGGAGCAAGUGAACGACUACUGAAAGCUGCAGGUCUGAAGAGGACACAAGAACUUGCUCAGGAGGAAAAAGCAAGAGAGUUAUUCCUGAGAGCUGUACACGAGGAGCAGAACGGAGCCGUCUAUGAAGCGAUCAAGUACUAUCGCAGAGCUAUGCAGCUUGUGCCUGACAUUGAGUUUAAAAUAAACUACAAUCGUCCACCUGAAGUGGCACAUGUUGGAGAAAACUAUAUGGAGAAGAAUGACAUUGAUGGUGACAUUGAGGAUCUUCUUGCCUACUUUGAGCAGCAGCUCGCAUUGGAAAGCUCCUUUCCAAAGACCUGUACCCCAGAGGUGGAAAUGACUCAGAUGCAUGUUUCAGCGUUGCCAAGGGAAAUCCUGAUGUACAUAUUUCGUUGGGUUGUGUCAAGUGAUCUUGACAUGCGUGCACUGGAGCAGCUCUCUCUGGUUUGCCGGGGGUUUUACAUUUGUGCAAGAGACCCAGAGAUUUGGCGUUCAGCUUGUUUGAAGGUGUGGGGACGGAACUGCACCAAACUGGUACCCUACAAGUCCUGGAGGGAGAUGUUCCUGCAGAGGCCACGUGUCCGUUUUGAUGGUAUCUAUAUCAGCAAGACAUCAUACAUCCGUCAAGGAGAGGAAUCAUUGGAUGGAUUUUACCGGGCUUGGCACCAGGUUGAUUACUACAGGUACCUCCGGUUUUUCGCAGAUGGCUUCAUUAUCAUGUUGACCACGCCUGAGGACCCGCUGUCCAUUGUUCCUCGCUUACGUACCAGGAACCCCAGAAUGGAUUCUGCUCUGAUUGGUCAUUUCCGGCUAGCACAGGAGACAGACAAUCAAACCAAAGUUUUUGCUGUUGUCUGCAAGAAAACAGAUGAGAAGGUGCCUGAGGUGCCAUGGAAUCGGUUCUGCAGGCGGAACCAAGCUCCCGAGGCUGAACACAGCUUCCAUGUGGGACUGCAUGUGACCACUGGGGGGCGACAGAGUUUUAAUAAGCUGGUGUGGCUCCACCACUCCUGCCACAUCACAUACAGACAGACUGGGGAAACUGUUGUCACAACGUUUGACCUGGACAGGAUGUACACACCAUUUUUCUUUGCACGGGUGAAGAGUUUCACAUCUUUCUCUGAGCAGCCACUGUAAGCAGAGACCUGCACACAAUACCACCGAAGUCCAGAGACCACAGCAGACAUGAUUUCACCACAGAGUGCACACAUCUCAACCUGUUUAAAUGUCCUGCAGCCACCUUAAUCACUUAAGCCUAACAUUAACUCCACACAGCAUGCUAUAUUUUACGUUUAGGAGUUAGACUUCUACUUAUCUUUUUGACUUCAGAAUGCACUUUCCUCACCAUUGAGAGUUCAUGAUGUUUUUGUGAAUUUCAUGAUUCAAGUUCUUGCAGAAAUAAACAGUGGAUAAAAAUA